ACAGUGCAUCUAAACAUUCGUAAUUUGGUCGACAAAAAUGUUAUUAUUUAAUCACUCUUUUCAACAAUACAAUAUGCCGAUAGAAUAUUCCGCGCAUUCCUUCAACUAUGAAGAUUACUUUCGGCGUAGUGCGGAGUUCCUCGGCCGGCACCGGUGGAUCUUCGAGCAAUCGAACACGAAGUUUGUGCAAGCGGGCAUUCUCGACGCGCUGCCUCGCACGUGGAUCGAAGAUUUUAGGCGCGCCAGCAACGAGGAGCUGAACCAAAUUCCGUUGGCGCGCGUAAAUGAAGCAUGGUGCGAUGAUUUGAAUCAGUUUUUGCGCACUAUGGAUGGUUUAUUGGUCGAGUAUGAGCGGAAAUGUGAUGGUUGCGGUGAAAAUUCUAAAAUGAUUAGAGGGAUCAGUCCUAAGAAAUUGUAUGAAAUUCAGAACCUGACGAGUCUGAUUGGUGAAGUUUGUGAUCGCAAUGAAACUUUCCUAGAUUUUGGGUCAGGAUUAGGUUAUCUAAGUCAAAGCAUUCACUCAGUCCACCAAUGCAGGGUUCUUGGUCUGGAGGGAGAUCGCUAUCGAGUGCAAGCGGCACUGCAAAGACAAAUGAAGCUUUUUCCCAAUUCUAUGAAACAAGUGAAAUACGCUCAACACUUCAUAGAGGAAGAUUCGUUCGAGCGAAUCCAAGAAUCGUUAAAAUCGGAAUUUCUAGAAGAGUCAAACCCCAUCCCACUUGCAAUCGUUGGCUUACAUGCUUGCGCCGAUCUCUCGAUAACCGCCAUCAAAAUGUUCCUUUCAAAUGCUUCCAUAUCCAAGUUAGUGAUCAUGCCGUGCUGUUACCACAAAUUGGCCUUCGGUUCCACUGACACGACGUUUAAGAACUUCCCAUUGAGUGAUCAACUAAAGGACGCCCUAGAAAGAGAACCAAACUUCAUUGGAAGGCCGUUCCUUCGAUUGGGUUGCCAGCAGACUUCGGCACGAUGGAAGACUAUGACAGCGGAGGAACACGUCUCCCAUGGACUGGCGAUGUUCGAACGAAGUCUGAUGGAGGCGAUUAUUGAAUCGGAUCAAAGGAUUACCAAGCGAAAAGACACUUCUAGCAGUAAUCUUUUGGAAACAUAUCAGCUCUGUGAUGAGACGGGUGCACGGUUGGAAUGGAGCGAUCGGCAUCGUAAGCGAUUGGAGGAGCUCCGUAACAAUUAUUCUGAAGGCGGCCAAUUGGCGGAGUAUUUGACGUGUCUUCAAACAUGUUUACAGCCAAUUUGUGAGAACCUGAUCUUAUUGGAUAGGAUGUGCUACAUCGAAACGGAAGCACAAAGACGAAACAUUUGUAUACGAUCAAAACUGGUAAAAUUUGCAAACGACAAUCUUUCACCACGAUGUUUCGUUAUAACAGCCGAGAAAGGCUAGGUUAUUAUUAGUUUUAAGAUUUUUUUAAUACAUUAAUACAUUAACAUAUUACAU